AUGAGGAACCACGCGGCCGCGAUCAGCAGCCACGCCAACGACGACUGCGGCGAGUUCAUGUCCUCCUCCGUCGACCCACUAACUGCUCAUCUGAACGGUGGUGGGUUGUUUGGAGACGUUGAUCUGCAUGAUCAUCACGAUCAUGAGGUUGAUCGACAGUCGGAGACACCGGAGAGAGAGGAGGUGGUUGAUGGUGUCCGCCUUGCAUGGGCAAUGUCGUCGGCAGCGGCGACGGUGAGGAACAAGAGGUUCAGGACGAAGUUUGCGCAGCAACAGAAAGAGAGGAUGUUGGAGUUUGCAGAGAAGUUGGGAUGGAUGACACAGAGGCAAGACGACGUCGCACUGAACCAGUUUUGCUCUGAGAUUGGGUUAAACAUCUUCUGGUUCAUAUGUUAUGUGGUUGCAAGUUUUAUUACAUGA